GUAGGAUCUGUCUGGACUGCUGUGCUUAGCAGAGGCCCAAACUCUCAGGAUGAACUACUUAAUAGGUGUAGCAAUUAUAAGUAUAAGCCUUAUUUCCUCAUGUUUUAUGGACACACCGAUUAAUAUCAAUGCCGGGUUAGAACCCUACGAUAUGCUUUUCGACAAUGCAGUAGAAGCUUACUACAAGCAGGACUGGAUCUCGGUUAUCCUAAACAUGGAGCGGGCGCUUCGAAAUAAGGGUGCAAUCCGCCGUGUGAGGGCGCAUUGCCGGCUCUCUUGCGCCAACCAAACCGCUUUUGGGGAGCCUAUACCGGGCUUGGGUGUCCCAGUCCCAGGCACUGGUUCUGUGGAGGAUCUUGGGUUCUUCCAGAAAAUUUUGAAGCGGGCCAACUGCGUGAAUUCGUGUGAAAUCGAGAAACUGGGACCACCGUCGUAUCACAAAGUCAGCGAAGAGGUGGAACUUGAGUUUAAGAAGAGGACUCCUUAUAACUAUCUGCAAGUAGCUUACUUCAAGAUCAACAAGCUGGACAAAGCAGUGGCUGCCGCGCACACCUUCUACCUUGCCAACCCUGAGCACAUGGAGAUGAGACAGAACCUGGAAUACUACAGGAUGAUGGCUGGCGUUCAGGAGACUGACUUCAAAGAUCUGGAAGCCAGGCUUCACAUGGAGGAGUUUCUGCAGGGGAAGAAGCUGUACAGCGCUGACAACUUUGCCCCCGCGAUCGAACACUUUGAGGUGGCCGUGACAGAGUAUUUCUCUGCCGACUUGGAGUGCCGGGCUCUUUGCGAGGGGGCGUACGACUACGAUGGCUACAACUACCUGGAGUACAGUGCUGACCUCUUCCAGUCCAUGACCGAUCACUACAUGCAGGUUCUGAACUGCAAGCAGAAUUGUGCUGUGGAGCUUGCCACCCUGCCCGGCACAGACAAACCAGUGGAAGAUUUCCUGCCCGCACACUUCAAUUACCUGCAGUUUUCAUACUACAACAGUGAGAACUUGGAGAAGGCCAUUGAGUGUGCAAAGACGUACCUGCUGUUCCACCCGGAGGACGACGUGAUGGUUCAGAAUUUGGCCUUCUAUGCUGCAACCCUGGGAGAGGACAAGGCUGCUGGCAUCCAGGCCAGAGAGGUUGUACAGCAUUAUAUCAAGCAGUCCCUGCUGGAAAAAGAGCUGCUGUAUUUUGCCUAUGAAGUCUUUGGCAUAACCUUUGUUGAUCCGGAUCAGUGGACCCCGGCUGAAAUCAUGCCUCAGAAGCUGAGAGACAAACAGAAGGCAGAGAGGGAGACAGCAGCCCGAAUCACAGAGGAAAUUGGCAACCUCAUGAAGGAGAUUGAGAACCUGGUGGAGGAGAAGAACAAGGAGUCGACAGACAUCGCUAAGAUGGUGCGAGAAGGGGGCAAUUUGCUGUACGAUGACAUAAAAGUAACCAUGGCGUCCAAGCUCCUGAAUGGCUCUCAGAGAGUGGUGCUGGACAGGGUGAUCACCGAGGACGAGUGCAGAGAGCUCCACCGCCUUUCCAAUGCAGCUGCACUGAAAGGAGACGGUUACAGGGGGAAGCCGUCCCCUCAUUCUCCCAGCGAAAUGUUCCAAGGGGUCACCGUCCUCAAAGCUCUUAAGCUGGGACAGGAGGGCAAGGUGCCACUGAAGAGCGCGCGGCUGUUUUUUGACCUCAGUGAGAAGGUGCGCAGGGUCCUGGAGUCCUACUUCCGCCUGGAGACGCCGCUGUACUUCUCCUACACCCACCUGGUCUGCCGCUCAGCCAUCGAUGAGAAGCAGGAAGGCCGAGAUGACCUGAGUCACCCCGUGCACGUGGACAACUGCCUGCUGGUGUCGGAGCUCAACGAGUGCAUCAAGGAGCCACCCGCGUACACGCACAGGGACUACAGUGCCAUCCUCUAUCUGAACGAUGACUUUGAAGGCGGAGACUUCAUCUUCACGGAGCUCGAUGCUAAGACGGUCACGGCUGAGGUCAAACCGCAGUGCGGCCGGGUCGUGGGGUUCGGGGCCGGUAAGGAGAACCCGCACGGCGUGAGAGCUGUCACCAGGGGGCAGCGGUGUGCCGUCGCUAUCUGGUUUACCCUGGACCCUCGCCACAAUGAGAAGGAGAGGAUCCAAGCAGAGGACCUGCUGAAGAUGCUCUCCAGCCCUCUGGAUGCAGAGUUCCAGAGGUCACCGAAGGACCCUGACAGCACAGAGCAGGACAACAAAACAAGUGAUGCACAGCCUGAAGAGCAGGUGGAGCUACAGGCCAGCAAGGCCGCGGGUGAAGAGGCUGCCAAACAUGCUGACCAAUCAGCAGACAAACAGGCCGACCAGUCAGCAGAUAAACAGGCUAACGAAGCAACAGACAAACAGGCAGACGAAACAGCAAUGAAACAAGAUGACCAAUCUGCAGACAAACCGGCUGACCAGCCCACAGACAAAGAUGCUGCCAAACCAACUGGCAAACAAGUCGACACGGCAACAGACAAGAAAGUGGGCAAACAGCCUGCCAAGCAGAAAGCGGCAGACAAAGCAGCCACCAAACCGAAAAGCAAACAGGCAGACAAGAAGAAGGUCAAAGAGGCGGACAAAGCGAAGACAAAAGGAGCAGACAAAAAGGACAAGCCGUCCACCAAGAAGACAGAAAAACAAAAGGAUAAGCCUCCAGUAAAAAAGGCCACCGCCAGCAAGAGCACCACUGACUCUGGGACAGGCCACAAGGAGACGGACGCUGAGCAGCCAAUAGAAAGAAGCUUGGAGUCGCACAGUGCAGACUCCCAGAACUCUAAAGCAGAGGCCAGCCCUGCGGCAGACUCACAAAAGGACAAGGAUGAGUUGUGAGCCUGUGGUACAGCUCCAGUGUCUGUUCUAUUAUGUUGUUUUUUUAUACUUUUUUAAAAUAUGGUGGUGUGGGUGUUUUGAGAAAAAACAUGGGCUUGUGUGUGUGGGCUUGUUAGAAGGUACCUUGUUCUGUUAGCUGCAAAUGGCUUGAAAGGAGUAUUGUGGCAAAAUGCUGGAGAGAAAGCCAUCCCCAGGACUGCAACCCCACUGUGUAUGGUAAAGAUCUAACAGAAUGAUGAACAAAGUACUUUGGGCUCGUUUGAAUACAUUUUUCCUGCCGUGGUACUUUAUAAUUUUAUAAAAAAUGCUUUGCCUUACCAUUUUGUAUUGUUCUAAACUGUUCCUUUUCAUUUGGAAGCAAUGAGUCACUCCAUGUUAUUAUGAGAUGCCAUGCCCAUAAAAAUGAAUGAAUAAAUUUGGCACACCAUGUUUUUCAAAACCCAAGUGCUGAAUUUUAAUGCCAUGUUAAUAUUUUGACAGUGACCAAUAAGUGUUUUUAAAUUGCAGUAAAUAUCACAGUUGAAAUAUAUGUGCCCUUAGC